GUGGCGCCAGUGUGCGUCUGACAUCACCGGAAAUGAAAACAGGCCAAAGAGCAGACGUGGGCACGGACACACAAACUUACAUAAUUCCACACAACAAUCCGGUUAAAGUGUUGAUUGUUCAUCAAUCCUCUGGAUCCUGUGGAGAUUUGUGACGAUGGCGGAACCCAGUGUUAGAUAUCAGCAGUUACCCAGUGAAGAGGAAGUGGAGGCGGGGCCUCAGGUGCGUUCUGAUGCUCCGCCCCCUUACAGCAGCGUCGCAGCAGUUAACGCAGCCUAUUUUGAUUAUAAAGAAGACGCUGCGUUCCCCAAACCUCCAUCUUACAACGUAGCCACGUCGCUGCCGUCGUAUGACGAGGCUGAGAGAAGCAAGACGGAGACGUUUGUUCCCCCGGUGACAGGAAGACACAGGGAACGUCUGGACACUUUUGAUGAUGUAACUCAAGCGCUGGAGGAUGAAGAUUUUGCGCCCAGAGAAGAUUUUGAGGACGCGGACCAGCUGCGAAUCGGCAACGAUGGCAUUUUCAUGCUGACUUUCUUUAUGGCUUUCCUCUUCAACUGGAUCGGUUUCUUCCUGUCCUUCUGUCUGACCACCUCAGCAGCAGGUCGAUACGGAGCCAUCUCCGGCUUUGGCUUGUCCCUCAUUAAGUGGAUCCUGAUUGUGAGAUUCUCUACGUAUUUCCCUGGUUAUUUUGAUGGUCAGUACUGGCUGUGGUGGGUGUUCCUGGUGCUGGGAUUUCUGCUGUUCCUCAGAGGAUUCAUCAACUACGCCAAGAUCCGCAAAAUGGCCGACUCUUUCUCGACUCUCCCGAGAACCAGAGUCCUCUUUAUUUAUUAAAGAUUCGUGUCCUUAAUCUUCUCAGCUCGGUGGAAGUUUCUGGCCUCCACAAAGCCGAGGGACCGCCGCGUACUUACAGACAACCGAAUCACCCUCCAUGCAUAAUACAGGGAGAGAAAAGUCACUCGUUUAUUUCAGGAUGAGGAUUUUAUUAUUUUUUGCUUUGAUGAACGUCUCUCGACGGAUGGCGUGAUACUCUCCAUAGUAGCUGUAAUCGUGUGGAUGCUGAUCUCUCCAUCACUGUACAGGAAUCUUUAGUGAUUUAAGGUUAAGCGCUUAUACUUGGAUGUGAUGAUCUGCUGUGUAGUAACAGCAUGCAUUAUACCCCGAUACCCCAUAGGGGGCAGUCUUGUGUUUUUUUUCCUUUGUGUUUUUUUUUUCCUACUUGUAAUGACGUCAAACACAGAAGCAGUCAGUCGCUGUUGGUCACCAACCAUUCACAAAUAUCUCUACUUCCUUUCUGUGAUUGGCAGUGAAAUAAAUUUAAUCUCUCUCUCUCCCUCUCUCUCUCACUCAUUUUCUGUCUCUCUCUUUCACACUUUGUGUCUCUCUCUCACUCAGUCUCACUCUGUCUCACUCUCUCUUCUCUCUCUUUCUCUCUCACACUUUGUCUCUCUCUCUUUCUUUCUCUCUGUCUCUCCCUCUCUCUCUUCUCCCCCCCUCUCUCCCUCUCUCUCUCUCCCCCUCCCCCCCCCUCUCAUUUUCUGUCUCUCUCUUUCACACUUUGUCUCUCUCACUCUCUGUCCCCCCCCCCCCCCGAGCUGUUACAUGUGAUGUGGUCAGGCAGUAUGCUUUAUAAUCUGUGUAUUUAUUUUAAACAUGGGAGGUCCCAUAAGAUAAAAGCUGGAUACAGAUAUGAAAUGUUUUGUACGUGUUGUACGUCACACCAUGUAGAAUUAAACUAUUUAUCCCUUUAUGUUUUGCUUAUAUUGUGCUUAAUUAAAUAAAUAAAUACGUCACUUCAAAGCCCA